UCCUGAAGUGAAAUCCUCUUAGGAUCUAUGCUCUAUUUCUGUUUGGUCUUUUAAAAUCUCCCUAAGACCAAUUUCAUUGGCUGGAAGUGACACACGCAUACACACAAAAACACACACCAUCCAGCAACAGAUGAAGUGAUUGAGUGUAGACCAGUGCAAGGUUAGCUAUUAACACAAAGAGAGGACUUCACUGUGACUGUGGGAGGUAGAAAACAAAAAAAAUGUCUGACAGAAUGAUUGAUUUGGAAGAGACUGCAACCCAAACAGGUCCAAAAGGAGUCAUCAAUGACUGGAGGAGGUUUAAACUGGAAAGUAUGGAUCAGGAAAACUUGCCACCUGCAAAAAAGGAACUGCUGAGACAAAUGUCAUCCCCGAGCAAGCCAAAAGAUGACACCAGAUCAAACCUCAACCGCAAGAUGAGUGUCCAAGAAUAUGAACUGCUCAAGGAGGAGGAUGAGGGAUGUUUAAAGAAAUACAGAAAGCGGUGCAUGCAGGAGAUGCAUGAUAAACUCAGCUUUGGGCCCAGGUUUGAAGGUGUGCAUGACCUGGACAGCGGAGAGGCCUUCCUAGAAGUCAUAGAGAAGGAACAUUACAGCACAGUGGUGGUUGUCCACAUAUACAAAGUUGGGGUCAAAGGAUGUGAAGAACUCAACAACUGCCUUGACUGCCUGGCCACUGAGUAUCCCACCGUAAAGUUCUGCAGGAUUGAUGCUGUCACGUCUGGUGCUUCCGAGCGGUUCUCAGAUGAGGUUUUGCCGACGGUGCUGGUGUACAAGGCUGGAGAACUACUAGGAAACUUCCUGGCAUGCACACAGCACCUAAACGAGGAGUUCUUCGCCACUGAUGUGGAGGCCUUCCUCAACAGCUAUGGCCUGCUGCCAGAGAAGGAGCUGGCCAGUAUGGAAGAUGAAGAGGAAAAUGAUGUAGAGUAAACAAAGAUUUUGCCUGCUGAGGAAGAAAGGAAACUGUCUCGGAGGGCUGGAUAGAGAGAAAUGAAAGACCAUUUAUGACAUCAGACAAGUUGUUCUUUUGUAAAGAAUAGUUAAAUAAAAAACUGUAACGUCUCCACUAGUUCACUAGUGUUUGAGGAUACGUGUUACAUCUAAGUUGUAAAGAAACCCUGAUGUCCCAUAUAUGGGUGUUCUCAAAUAUGAGAGUACAGUAAAGUUAUAAGAUAGAGAAAAUAAGUCAGAAAUUCCCUCUCCACCACCCAAAAAAAAGCCAAACCAGCCAACUGUAAUUUAAAUAAUUGCAAUAUUUUUUUCCAACAAUAGACAAUACUACAUGCUGUAUGUACAGUACGUGCUGUAUGUGUAAUAUUAAUUCAAAUACUUGUUUUGUAGUAUUAGUUUGGGUUUGUCUGUACAAAUGUUAUUUAUAAAUCCAGGGUUUGUACAGAGUGAAAUCCUCAAAUGUAUACUGUGUAGGUCUCUGUGGUGUUUUUGCCAUGAUUUUAAAAAAUAAAUAAUAUUUAACGGGCUAAAUAUGACAGGGAGUAAGAAGAAGCAAAAGUAUUCUGGAUGUGGAAACAUUUUUGUUUAAACUUGUCUUCCAUCCGUCCACUGCAACACACGCUUGCUUCUUAAGCCAAUGUGGUAGGCGCUGCUUAUUGUGUCUGGAAAAAACAUUCAUGAGACUCUGGUAUUUUACCAUCAACAGUGAAACAUCAUCAGUGAGGAGUUCAUCCAUGUCUAUGUAUUUUCUUUUGUGAAAGUGGGAGAAAGUCCUGAAAAUAUACAAAAAAGAAAUCAAUCUUGAGGCUAGACAGGAACUAAGAAGAGGCAAAAGCAUUCUGCAUGUGGAAACAUUUUUGUGCAAACAUGUCUUCCAUCUGUCCAGUGAAACAUAUGCCUGCUUCUUAAGUCAAUGUGGUGGGCGGUGCUUAAUGUUUCUGGAAAAAACAUUUGUGAGCCUCUGCUAUUUUACCAUCAACAGUGAAACAUCAGCAGUGAGGAGUUCAUUCAUGACUGUGUAUUUUCAUUGUGAAAGUGGGAGAAAGACCUGGAAAUACACAAAAAAGAAAUCAGAGUCUUGGGGCUUGUGACUCAUAAUGACGGUCAAUAUCAUCAUCAUAUUUGAUUUUGUUAAGGAUUUGUUAACUUCGUAUUGGAAUAUGUUGAAACAUAGCCUGGUAUUCAUGUUGUUAAGAAU